CGGCCUGCAGCUUGCUUGUGCUCGACGGCAACACCUCACUAGCUCAACUCGACCACAAUCACCUUUCAUCAUGCCGGAAAGGACUGUCGAGACCCCCUACCCGCUCAUCGACGCGGACCCCCAUGCCAGCCGCGUCGUCCGCUACAUGCGCCCGUCCGACUACGCUACAUGGGCUGCAGGCACCGCUGGUUUCCCCGCCGCACUCUACUUCUGGGAUAUGGCCGACCCUUCCAAGGUUCGCCUGCGGACAGGUCUGCGUCUCGGAGGUCUCCUUGGCUUCAUUGGUGGAUUCAUGCUCGCGUACCAGCGCUCAAGUUUCCGCUUCUGGGGCUUUACCGAGAACCGGAGAGAGCAGGAGAAGGACUUUGCUGAGCUCAGCCAGCGUGCUCAGGCAGGGAAGCCUCUCUAUGGCGAGUCUACUCAACCAGGUUGGGUUCAGGACAUCGCAUACAGGAACUCUGCGUGGUCUCAACUCAAGUUUAACAUGUUCCCAAUGUUUAACUUCGUGAACCACCCCCACCACGGCACGGACCCGGCCAAGUACGGCGUCCAGUCGAAGGAGACCAGCGAGUAGAAUGCGAGAACCGGCAUAUGUUCACAAAUCGUUUAUUGAACCCGCUUCAGCUCUCUUUAGGGCUGGGUUCCUAUGCGUUGCCUGCCUGGCUAUAACAGGUCCCGAUUGACGACCUGCAGAACUUCGUGGCAAUAGACUAAUGCAUGCACUGCUAUCUUCAAAUGAAAAAAGGCCAUCACAAUACAAAAUCU